CUCCGUAAAUAUGGCGGUCGGAAAGUGAGACGCCUCAAGGUACAACAACCCAGCCUGAGCCGAAAACCACCUCCACAGGGGCCGAAAGGAGACGUAGCUAUAAUAGAUAAACCAACAUGUCUCGGCACAGAAAUGUCCGAGUCUACAACUACGAUGAAGCGGCCCAGUUCAUCUACUCGUCUCGGCAGGAGAGGCCCAACAUGGAACCACCCCAAGAGGAAGAGGUCACCUCCCCCACCCUCCCCCCACAUCCUCAACCCCCUUGACCAAGGCAAGCUGUACUCAUGUCUGGACCAGAUGCGUGCGGUGCUGGGUGACACAGUGCCAGAGUCUGUCCUUACCCAGGCUGCCUUGCAGUGCGCCUUCGACCCCCAGAGAGCCCUGGACACCAUCCUAUCAGACGAGAGCACCGGUGCACCGCCCACGUCCGCUAAGACCCAUCGGGACGCACCACAGCCCCAGAGAGCCAAUAAGGAGAUGGCAGCAGCACCGAGAUCCAAUCAGGAGGCAUCAUCCACCCCACGACCAGAGAAAGGAGCCUGCCUGUCCGACUCUCACUCUGACAACGUACCCACACCAACACACACACCAGCUAUACGUCCAUCUGCCGAUCCUCUGAACCUUAGUGACCUCCUAGCUCGGCCUGUGAAAGGUCGCUGUCAUGACACCCACGACCUCUCCGCUCCUCAAGGUGUUUCGUCUCUGAACAGCAGUUCCGCAAGGCCCUUGGCAACAGUUGCCGCGGCAGGGAGCAGCAGCAGCCUAGCCCAGCUGAUGUCUGAGCAUGAGCAGAGGAGUCAGGGUUCUGGUGUCCCCUCACUGUCCUCAUCUCCACUGGCUGCUCUCUCCGGCCUCUCAUUGGGCACUCUAGCGUUGUUAAACUCCGCCCCCCUUGCUACUGCGCCCUGCAUCGUAGCCCCUCCCCCCGGCCACCUUGUCUCCUCUUUGGGCAGCUUGUCCUUAGGCAACCCCAAACUGACAGCUCUGGGCGCCAAUCUGGCCCCUCCCUCCUUCGGCAGCCUGAGCUCCGUCCUCCAGAGCAGCCGACCAAUGGAGAUAGGGGCUGGGGGAGGGGCUAAGGGGGCGGAUCCCAAAGGAAGCCCGUCAUUGGCUGAGCUGAUCCAGGAACAUUCCAACAGCAGCCCCACCCUCUACAGAUCCCUCCCCGGUCUCCAAAGCAACAGCUCAAUCCCUGUUGCCCACGGCAACACAUCUCAGACCGCCGCCGGACCAGCUCUCACACGCUGCCUGUCCCAGCGCAAGCAGCCCCCAGAACCUCUGGACACACACACACUCUCAUUCUCCCGUCCGCACACACACUCUUCCCCCCAGCCCCAGGUCACUACAACACCAGAACGUCCCGCCCUGUCUCUGUCUCAGUCGGCCUCGCGCCGUCAGGCCGGCCACACGCUCCCCCAGCCAGUAAGCACGGUGCCGGCAGCAGACCCAGACAGACAGCAGACAGAGGCAGUACCUCCUUCAGUGGGGGCGCUCUCUCAUCUAGCCUCUCAGCACCACACCAGAACGUCCUCCAACACCCCACCACCACUGUCCCUCGCCGCACUCCUGUCGCCAGGGAAACCACAGGUUGCCAUGGUAUCGGCAGGAAGUAUCCAAGAGGGUGGAGUCAGAGACAAACCCCGCCCCCUUUUGUCACCUGCUCCCCUGAGUCCCCUCCCACCAUGGGGAGGUCAGAGUGUUGAUCUAAGCGCGCUCAUGGCCCAGUCGUCCCACGGUGGAGUUUUGUCCGCGCGUCGCCGUGACAACGGCCUCUCCUCGCCGUCCACGGUCGCCAUGCGGUCCGACCGCCACGGUUCCUCUGUGUUCGCUCCACCGUCCGUCUUCGCCCUGACUCUGUCGGUGCGUGCGCCCAGCAGGGGGAAGAAGAGGAGGAGGAGGAUGAUGGUGAAGGCUGUGGGAGGUCAGAGGUUAGAAGUCAGAGGAGGGGGUCACCCUGCGUUUCUGUACGGAACACAGACCCAGCUGGUCAAAGCUAAAGAACAGACGCCUCUCUUACCCAUAACCCCUUUCACCUUCGACACACCCUCCCCCGACGACGUCGUACGAGCGAAUCAGAAGAAGGCCUUCACCCGCGAGUAAAGGUCACUAAGGAAGUGGACUAUCUGUCGCUAGGCUAUCUUGCAGGUCCCAAAUGGCUCCCUAUUCCCUAUUUAGUGCACUACUUUAGACCAGAGAAUGGUACCCUAUUCCCUAUAUAGUGCACUACUUUUGUCUCUGGUCAAACACAGUGCACUAUAUAGGGAAUAGGGAGCCAUUUGGGAUGCGGCCAAGGUGCAUGGAUCGAAGAACAACGACAUGGCGGUUGGAGGUUUAGAAAAGAAAGUACAUUUUAAAAACGGCUGUUUGAAAGUCAUCUGCGAAUUGUAUUGAGAAAUGUAAAAGCGUUUUUCCUACUUGUAGGCUAGUUAAGAUUUUGCUCACACUUUAUUUGGAUAGUCCAAUUAGUCCAUCUGUAGAUGGUCAUGCUAUCAACAAACUAUCUGUUGAUAAGCA